AUGAGCGCCAUGGGAGGCCUGUGCUUCGAGUCCCUGAAUGACGACCUGGCCUGCCUAGUCCUCGAGAAGCUCUUCCCGCCCAACAGCGUGCUCUUCGCCUUCGAAGGAGUGCCGGAUCUCGCCAACUUCGCCCGCGUUUCGCGGCGCUACGCGAGCGUUGUCAGAGAUAGCGCCUGGGCGGCAGCAUGCAGGAGAGUCGCUCCGGAGGUUUGCGCAGAUCUGGUGCCUGUCGGGGGGGCAGAAAACAGCCCGGGGGAAGCCGGUUGGAUGAGCUUUGCGAGACUGCUGACGUGGUGCCCCGGGCGACUGGAGACCCCCGAGAAGAGCAGAUCUGGGCCGUUCGAUUGCCAGGCAAUAAGGUCGCCAGGGAAGAUGCAUAAGUGCGAGCCCGCCAAGCAGCACCUGUGCCGUACACGCUUUCCGUUGUGGAGGAGGUGUCCGCCGGAAGCAUCCUGGCAGCGGAAGCGGAAAGCUCUGCCGGAGCAAGAUGCUAGCGAGAAGUUGGGAAUCUGCCCGUUCUGCCCCUCCCCAGUGCGGCGCGUUCCGAGGACGGCUCUCAAGGUGACGGAAACGACUCUGGCGGACUUCAGAUACUGUAGCUCUGGACACGUGGUUGGCAUUGUUGAGUACCGCGUUGGAGCAUAUCGCCAAUUCUGGGAGAUUAGCAUCUCGGAGGGUGACGACGAAAGAUGGUUCCGGGGCAAUGGAUCUGUGGGCGCAUACGUCACUUCGGACUUGAGCAACACUGACUGA